CCUUACGGCUACGUAUAGCGUCACGGCGCGUCUGUACGUGCGAUGUGACGUCACAAUUGUGCGACAUGAGACUUCACUGACGUGCGGUUCAGCGAGCGGAAGGAGACGCGGUGCCGGAUAGAAACUGAAUGUCUAUGGACGUGACUUUCCUGGGCACGGGCUCGGCCUAUCCAUCUCCGUGUAGAGGAGCCUCCGCCGUGGUUUUCAGGACAGAGGGCGAGUGUUGGCUGUUCGAUUGUGGAGAGGGGACCCAGACUCAGUUCAUGAGGAGCCCACUAAAAGCAGGACGGAUUACAAAGAUCUUUAUUACGCACCUUCACGGAGAUCACAUGUUCGGGCUGCCUGGUUUCCUUUGUACUGUGAGCCUCCAGUGUGGCUGUACCCCAAGCAAACAGCUGGUAGACAUCUAUGGUCCUGUGGGACUGAGAGAAUUUGUCCAAAGGAGCCUGGAAAUCUCCCACUCGCAGCUCGUUUUUCCCUACGUGGUCCAUGAAUUGGUGCCUUCACCAGAUCAGUGUCCGGCAGAAGAAUUCAAAGACUUCUCAUCCCGUGGCGGAGAGAGCUGUCUGGCUACAGAAGAACAAGGCAGGACAAUUUAUGCGUCUCCUGAAGACGGAAGUUAUGAGCUUAUUGCAGAUGAACAAUUCACCGUGAAAGCGUUUAAACUGUUCCAUCGGAUACCUUCCUUCGGCUUUGUUAUAGAGGAGAGAGAGCGCCCGGGCAAGCUAAACAUGCAGAAGCUCAAGGAAUUGGGUAUCCAGCCUGGCCCCGUGUGCGGGAAGCUAAAGCUCGGUGCUACAAUUACCCUGGAUAACGGACAGAAAGUUUCCCCUUCUGAUGUAUUAGGAGAUCCUAUACCUGGUAGGAAGGUGUGCAUUCUGGGUGACUGCUCAGGUGUUAUCGCAGUGGGCGGGGCCAAGCUGUGCUGUGACGCAGAUGUUCUGAUUCAUGAAGCUACCCUGGAUGACAGCCAGAUGGACAAAGCCAAGGAGCAUGGUCACAGCACUCCCAAAAUGGCAGCAGACUUUGCAAAUCUGUGUUGUGCAAGAAAGCUGGUCCUGACUCACUUCAGCCAGAGGUAUAAGCCCCCGGGACUGGUCACUGAAGGGGAUGAGGACGUGACUGUGCUUAAGCAGCAAGCGGAAAGUGCUUUACCUGGGCAGCACGUGACUCUCGCCGAGGAUUUUAUGACAAUUACCAUUCCAAUGAAAAAGCAAUGAGGAUAAUGGGAUUACAGGGAUUAUGCGUCUCUAGCAGGGAUGGUCAGUGUGUGCCCCUAGGGGUUGUUCAGCUACAAUACCCAGCACCCCCUGCUGCCUUCUGCUGUCUGUGUGAUGCUAGGAGUUAUAGGUCAAGCACAACAGGGGGCUGUUGGCCAUGUCUGGGGCUAUAGCAAGUCUUAAUAUACGUACCUACAGGGGGGCAGUCUGACCUCCUUGGGCUCCAUAGGCAGCUCUGUGGUUGGGCUGCAGGGGAUAAAACGGGGCAUCUCUACCAUAUAGGUAAGAACUGGUACCCGGCUCCCACUUCCAAUGGAGUGUGGGGCUGAAGUGAGGGUAUAAGUUUUUCCCAUAAUGCAUUGUAGCGAGAAUGGAACACUCAAGGGAAGCUAACUACUCUUCUGAGCCAACAGAGAUGUAUAGCAUGCUUUAAAUGAUAUAUUUUAGGGUUAAAAUGUAUUUGACAGAAAUAUAUUUUAUUUUUGCUUAAAAUGUGUAACAUGAAAUAUUUUCUCUAAUUAGCUUUAUCUAAUUUUAAUGUAGAAAUAUUUUGUUCAUGAAUUUAUUUAUUAAAGGGGAUGAUGAUUGUUUGUGGUGCCUGUCUAUA